AUGUGGCUGCUGCGAACGUCUUCCGUGUUAUUAGGUGUGCUCGGGAGCAGAGGAGUGACCCGAACCAUGUGCGCACAGGUGAGCGAUUGGCAAAGCGCCAAGUCCAUCUAUGAGUUCUCUGCCACGGAUAUUGACGGCAAUGAGGUUUCCCUGGAAAAAUACAGGGGUUAUGUGUGCGUCAUCGUAAAUGUGGCUUCCAAAUGAGGAAAGACCAGAGUAAACUAUACUCAGCUUGCGGAAAUGCACGCUUCCCUGGCUGAGAAGGGUUUACGCAUCCUAGGUUUCCCAUGUAACCAGUUUGGAGGACAGGAGCCCGGAACUGAAGCAGAGAUUAAAGAGUUUGCCAAAGGUUUCAACGCCAACUUCGACAUGUUUAGUAAAAUUGAUGUGAACGGCGACAACGCACACCCUCUAUGGAAGUGGAUGAAAGCACAGCCAAAGGGAAAGGGGACUUUUGGGAACAACAUCAAAUGGAACUUCACAAAGUUUCUUAUAAACAAAGAGGGACAAGUAGUGAAGCGGUACGGUCCAAAUGAAGAUCCAAGUGUGGUGGAGAAAGAUCUUCCUGCAUACCUUUAA